AUGAUUAUCCCAUUGAGCAUCCAACUUGAUUUAAAAAUUCAUCAACCUGAUCAAAUUCAAAAUCAAACACAAGACCAUAUUAUAAGUUUAAAUUUAAAUGAAAAGAUCAAUGAAAACUCAAUCCAAUCUACUCUUAUCACUCUUCCAAAACUAGAAACCUCAUCAAAUUCAUCUUCAACAGAAUUUGAUUGGAAUUUAAGUUUUUCUAGUAUUGAAAAUGAAUUGGAUUCGAUUACAAGUAUGAAGGAUAUUCCUAUUAGAUCUCAAUAUAUUUGGUUGAGUCUUGAUGAAUAUUUUAUUUUAUGGCUUAGUGCAAGGAAUUGGUUAACAGAAAGUUCUCAAACUAUUUUCAAUCCUCACCCAACCUCAACCUCAACCUCGUAUCCUACUCCUAAUGAAGACUUCAACUUUGAUUUCCAAAAUCAGAAGCAAGACUUUAAUUUAAAUCCCAACGAUCAAUCCGAUCCUAAUCCUAAUCCCAACCAAACCUACGAAUCCAACGAUGAAUCAAGCAUCAAACUAAAAGAAACCUUAACCGCCCUAAAUGAUAAUGAUGCUGAUGAAUUUAUUUUCUUUAAAUCGCUUCAAACCUCAAACCUUCAUCAAACUCCAAAAGACAAUUCACAAGAAACCCUUCAUUCAGACUCAGAUGAUUUAAAUAUUUUUAAUGAACUAGAUGAUCCUUUACCAACAUCAUCACCUUAUAUACCUAUAACAAACCCCGAUCCAAGUCAUGAAUUAGAUUUCCUUUUGUAA